AAACAAAAAUAUAGUACAAAGCCCAUAGACUGAGACGCCCGCCAAAAAUUGCAAAGAAAUGGGAAGCGAAAUUCCCAAUUCAGAUACCGGUUGGGAUUAUCCCCUCACCGAUGAAGACCUCCGAGCCAUUGACUCCGCAUUUGCCGCCGCGGCCGCCUCCGCGCCUCCUUCAAAGCGGCAUGCUCUCAGUUACACCGAUGAGGAGAAUUCAUCCGUUCACUCUCCUCCCAAAACACGCCGCCGAUUGCCCGAUUCGCUCUUUGUUUUCCAACAACAGCAGAACAAUAACAGGUCAUCCUUAUCUUUUUCACCUUGCUCCAGAAAUCGCUUUAACCGUAGCGGAAAUAAUUCUUACAUGUCUCCUUUUCGAGAAAUAAAAUUUGGAGGUCGCACUGUAUACAGCAGAACUGUAGAAGAGGUGGAAAGAGCUGCUCAGGAGCUUCUAGAAUUUGUGGAAGUUAAGAAAAGAAAGGAGGAUCAAUGCAUCUUUGGUCUGGAUAUUGAGUGGAGACCCACUUUUAGAAGAGGUGUUGCACCUGGGAAGGCUGCAGUUUUGCAGAUAUGUGGGGAAAAUAGUUGUUGCUAUGUAUUGCACAUUAUUCAUUCUCAAAUACCUAAGAGUUUGCAACGUCUUCUUGAGGACCAAACAUCUUUAAAGGUGGGUGUGGCCAUUGCAAAUGAUGCUGCCAAGGUUUCGCAAGAUUAUAAUGUAUCAAUUAAGACUUUGGAGGAUCUUUCUGAUCUGGCCAACCGAAAGCUUGGUGGAGAACCCAAGAAGUGGAGUCUAUCAACUUUAACUGAAAUGCUCACUUGUAGACAGACUAGAUUUCUAGUUCACAAAGAAGGAGGGAUAGGAGCUGGUAUGGUACAUCAUUCAUGCACAGGGAUGACUGACUAGGAACUAUAGGUGCACUGCUGUAUCACGCAAUACGAUUUCGUGCUUGGUUCGCUGACUGAAAAAUAUAAGAAUAAUCCUAUUUGCUUGAUGUAUUUUUUUGUUAAUAACUUAAUAUUGAUUUCUAAUCUUUAGUCUAAAUAACGUUAGAUCAUUAUGCUGGACAUGAAAGUUCCCUCAAAAUUGACCCAUUUGGAACCCGCCUUUGUUUUUAUGAAAUGUGUGUAGAUUUAGGAAACCACACAUUCCCUUAGCCAUUUCUAACUAUAAAGCUUAAAUAACUUUGAAACCUAUCCAAUGUAUAAUCCUUUCAUUUCUGAAAUAAUUUGAUGCUAACAUAAAUCACUUGACUCCGUCUUAUACUGCUGUUCUAAAGUCCAUCCACCCAAGGCUGGUGAGGAGAAUCAAAAUGUUUGGUGGACAGAAACUUGGCUUGAAUGCUAUAAUCUUUUUGAUUAUCAGCAUGUGAGCGAUUCAACUCUUUAUCUGCAGGAAGAGACGAAAUUCUUGUGUAUAUUACUGAACAUUCCACUCUCUAUUAUCUUUAGUCUGAGACCAUAAAUUGUUUUGUUUAGUCGGCACACCAUAUAUAGAGAUGGAAUUAAGUGGUAAAUACAAAUAAGCAAUAAUCUACCAAAGAUAACUAUGCAAAACAAAUAAGAAAAAUAUGCACAAAACCUGAUAAAUAUUCUAACAUUAUCCAUACCAAUUUUGGUGCUG